CCCCUCAGGAGCUCUCUGCAGUCAUGGGGCCUUCUCAGCUUGUUCGUGCCCCUCGGCCUCGGGGCAUGAGUUCUCCCUACCGAAGGCCAGGUAUGGGUGGGCCCAGGCGCCGGUGUCCCAAGAUGUUCAAGUGUAGCCGCAGAACAUACCGGCAGAAACCUCGAGGCCCAACUGCCACCGAUCCUGCCUCUGUGGCCACAAACAUCAGUGACACGGACACUACCACCAGUGUGUGGAUCCUGUCACCUCAAGUUCUCAGACACCUCUGUCAACCUAGGGGCUUUCUGAUCCUCUAGAAACGCCCAGAAGCUUGGCCUGCACUUGACCUGCUGCUCCAGAGGGCUGUUGGUGGUGGACAACAAAUACAGCCAAUCUGCUUAAGCUGUC